AUGAAUAGUAUCGAUUUGUCGUCAACAAAUACGUCAACUCGACGUAUUUAUCAGCGUCGAAAUCGAAAAAAGAAUCGAACACGUACCGUAUCUCCGCUAUAUCAUAUACCUCUAACAACAACAAUUGUAACAACAAACAGUACAUUAUUGCUAAAUUCAUCAUCAGUUCCUAUUAAUGAUUUAUUUACUCCAUUAUCUUAUCUUCUACAAUAUAAAUACAUUUUUCUAAUUGGUUUAUUUCUUUUAAUAGCCUUAUGUGUUAUAUCAAUAUUAUUUCUUAUUUUCAUAUUAAAAUGUAUAAAACGAAAAAGUUGGGAAAAACAAGAAGAAAAACGUUUAAAAAAUCUUCCUGAUUUUAUUGUGGAUCAACAUAAAAAUAAAGAUGAAAGCAUUGCUUUGCUGUCACUAAAUGGUGGAAUAAAUCCUUUAACAAAUAAUAAUUCUAUAACUGCAAAUGGAAUACCUGUAAGUGAUAACAUUAGCAGUACAUUUUCACUUGGUUCAAUGCUAGAACAAAAAAUUAAUAAAAAUAAUUCACCUAAUGCACUACCAUUAUCACCAAUGGCUGAUGAUACAUCAAUUGAUACAUUACGUGGUUCAUUAGUUUCAUCACCAUCACAACAAAUAUCAAUUAAUCAACGUUCACCAACUCCAACAUAUAUAACAACAACAGAUUCAGUUAUGAAUCCUGAUGAACGAGCUGUUGAAGCAGAAAAAGAUGAUGAUUUACAUGAUUUAGAUUUAAAACCUAUAACACCACGUUAUAUAAAAUCAACAAAUAACAGUGGUAGUAAUAUAUUACCACAUCGUUCAUCGGUUUCAUCAGUAGAACAAAGUAUUCGACGGCAAGAACGACGUGCUGAAGAAGAAGAACGUGGUCUUUUACAUGGUUCUAAUUCAAAUUUAUAUGAAAAAGAAAUAAGACGACGUGCUGAAGAAGAAAAUUUUGCUAGAAAAGAACAUGCAAAUUCUCAAGUAUCACUUACUUCAAGGACUAGUGAAGAUAGUUGCUAUUAA